AUGUUAGGAUCCUCUUUCAAAACAUUAUUGCGGAUGAGAUCCGUAAAUAUAGAACCGGGAACUCUGGCCAACACUCCAGCUGAGGAGAUUAAAUAUUUAAAUCAAAACUGUUUCCAAGAGUUGGUGUCAAAGAUAUCGUCUCAAGAUUUGCCACAAUUUUUCCAAUGGAUUCAAACUAAAUAUUUGGUCUCAGACUGUUCGGGCGAAAAGCCAGCCAUCGCUUAUCAAACACUGAACCGUAUCUCCAAUGAUAUCAAACUAAUGGUUCCCAACUAUGGACUCAUGUCUUCAGAAGUGAUCACAUUUCCAGCAGAAGGACAGAUUGCGAAUAAAAACUCAAACUGCAAUGCAAUCAAUACGAUAGCAAUCGAUGCCUUCCUUUACGACGAUCUCGACGUCGAAGACCUCAUAGAAGAGGAAAGGCUUUCACGACAUUACUGUUUGGACUAUAUAAUGCCUAAUCAAUGGGUGGGAUAUGUUAUCUGCAGUGAUGUCUGUAUUCUCCCACAAAUAGUGAACACUUCGGAUGUGAUACUAUUAAACAAUGUCUUUGAGUUCUUCCAGAACCGGUCCAAAGAGAUGGAGUGCUGGGACUUUCUGUAUCAGAAUUGCAAAUCAGGUACUAUUCUGGUGACAGUUCCCAGUAUUGAAGACUCAUUCCAGAGUUUACAACAGAGUACAAUUGAUUUAUCGAAAUGGAUUUUACGCCAACAAGUCGUCGACCCAUUGCUCGCG